UUUUCCCUCUAACCCCUCAUAUAAAUCAUUAUCAUAAUCUAUGCCAAACCAGUACUUGUAUCACUCCUUGUUGGUCACACUUCUUGCUAUUUGUAUCUGUUGCACCUUCUUAAGCUCUUCGCUUCCCUUUCACCUUUUCUUUCUCAUCGAGUGAUCCAUCAAACACCUUCAAGUUCCUUCUCCUUCUACGACAUGGAAUUCAACAAGUUCAGAAUCCGAAGCUAUGAAGCACAAUCUGAUAGAGCUCAAGUGGAAAAUCUCGAGAAAAGAUGUGAGGUAGGGCCAUCAGAAAGCGUGUUUCUCUUCACAGACACUAUGGGUGACCCCAUUUGUAGGAUUCGAAACAGUCCCAUGUACAUGAUGCUGGUAGCAGAGUUUGAUAAUGAGUUGGUUGGUGUCAUUCAAGGCUCUAUAAAAGUGGUCACAGUUCAUGGUCAUGAUCCUCCAAAUGGUUUGGCAAAGGUGGGGUAUGUCCUUGGCCUAAGGGUAGCACCCCAUCAUAGGAGAAAAGGGAUUGGCUCCAACCUAGUGAGAAAGCUAGAAGAAUGGUUCACUUGCAAUGAUGUGGACUAUUCAUACAUGGCCACAGACAAAAACAACCAUGCCUCUGUUAGUCUCUUCAUGAACAAGUUUAGCUACACCAAGUUCAUGACACCAGCUAUUCUUGUGAACCCAGUGAACCACUAUUCACUUGAAAUCCCAUCCAACAUUGAGAUAACAAGGCUCAAGGUUGAAAAAGCUGAACCCCUCUAUAGAAAGUUCAUGGGCUCCACUGAGUUUUUCCCAAAUGACAUAGGUAACAUACUUAGGAACAAGCUAAGCUUGGGGACAUGGGUGGCUUAUUUCAAAGGAGAUGAUUUUGGGUCAGAUGGACAAGUCCCACAUUGCUGGGCUAUGCUUAGUGUAUGGAACAGUGGGGAAGUAUUUAAGCUGAGGCUUGGGAAAGCACCUUUAUGUUGCUUUCUAUACACCAAGAGUUGGUGCUUGAUUGAUAAAAUUUUCCCAUGCUUGAAACUUCCUACCCUGCCUGAUUUCUUCAACCCAUUUGGGUUUUACUUCAUGUAUGGGGUGUAUCAUGAAGGGCCAUUCUCAGGGAAGCUUGUGAGGGCUUUGUGUCAGUUUGUGCACAACAUGGCUGCAGAGUCCAAGGAUGAGAACUGCAAGAUCAUUGUGACUGAAGUUGGAGGAAGAGAUGAGCUCAAUCAUCAUAUCCCACAUUGGAAAUUGCUCUCCUGCCCAGAUGAUUUGUGGUGCAUAAAGGCCUUGAAAAGUGAAGGGACAAAUACUUUCCAUGAAUUAACCGAAACCCCACCCACAAGAGCUCUUUUUGUAGACCCUAGAGAGGUUUAAAGUAUGAUCUCCAAAAGGGAUUGAAAUCUUUUGUAUUCUAGGUGUUGUUCUACCAAUAAAAUUUUGAAAUGUUAAUUAAGAAUUAUCAUGUAAUUUCGUGUCUCACUCACUUAUA